AGAGAGAGAGAGAGAGAGAGAGAGAUGGGCAAUUCGAGGACGGAUCCCAGCGGGGGAGAUGACGCAGAUGUCCAGAUCUUGACCGCCGGGAAGAGGAGAAUUCCUGUUCGUUCCAAAGUUCUGGCGGCAGCGUCGCCGGUGUUAGAGAGCAUGUUGGAUCGGCCGCAGAAACGUGGGGGAGAAGGAAGAGUGAUUCCGAUACUUGGAGUUCCUCACGACGCAGUGUGUGCCUUCGUUCGCCUGCUCUACUCCGCCAGGAGUUGUGUGACGCCUGCGGUCGAGGGGGAGGAGGCGACGGAGGUGGGCGAGCACGGGGUGCACUUGCUGGUCCUGUCGCACGUGUACCAGGUGGGGUGGCUGAAGCGGGCGUGCGAGCGGGCGCUGGCAUCGCGGCUGACGGCGGAGGGGGUGGUGGACGUGCUGGUGCUGGCACGGCGGUGCGACGCGCCCUGGCUGCACCUCCGCUGCCUGAGGCUCAUCGCCAGGGACUACGCCGCCGUCGAGAGCACCGAGGCGUGGCGCUUCCUCCAGGACAACGACCCCUGGCUCGAGCUCGACAUCCUCCAAUCCCUCCAAGACGCCCAUCUGAGGCAGAAGCGGCGGCGGCGGAAGAGGGAGGAGGAGAAAGUAUACACGGAGCUGAGCGAGGCCAUGGAGUGCUUGCAGCACAUCUGCGCGGAGGGCUGCACCGAGGUCGGGCCAUCCGGCCGCGGACCGCCGCCGCGUGACCCCACCCAUUGCCCGAACCCCGCCACCUGCCGUGGCCUCCAGCAGCUCAUCCACCACCUUGCCGCCUGCGACCGCAAGAAGAAGCCGCCGCAACAGCAGCAGCAGCAGCACGGCUGCCCUCGCUGCAAGCGUCUGUGGCAGCUCCUCCGUCUCCACUCCGCCAUCUGCGUCCACCCCGACCCCUGCAAAGUCCCCCUCUGCUCCCAAUUCAAGCAGAAGAUGGAGCAAACCAAAAGGAAAGCAGAGGAGGAGGAGGACGAGAAGUGGAAACUACUGGUGAAGAAGGUGGCCUCUGCAAGAGUCAUGUCCCACUUGGCCAAGAGGAAAAGGCAAGAAGGGAUACAAAACCAGGAAGCUUGGCUGAAGCAGAAGCUCAUUGACUGAGUGAUCAAUCCUUCGGUUGACUUUGUUCUACCAAGUCAAAUUUAUACCAAAUCCAGGGGGAUGAAUCAUUUGCUCUAUCUAGAAAUCAUCUUUAUGUAGGUGAAUUAUGUGAUAUGGUGACCUCUAUCUUCUACAUUUCAUCUGAAGAAAGAAGUCAUGGAGGAAAUGUUUAAGCUCUGUACACAAUUAUCUCCGGUACUCUGUAUGCAUGCAUGUCAAUAAAAAAAUACAUGUAGCACAUACAUCCCUCCAAUAUUAAGACUCUUUCCAUAA